AUGCCAGGCUCGCCCACGCGUGCCUCGGCCGCCAAGCUUGCCCAGCUGCCCGCCCCCGUCCUCGAGCGCAUCUUCGCCUUUGUAUGUCCCCACACCAUGGACUCGACCUACGAGUCCCAGGAGCAGAGCUCCCUCGAGGACGCUUGCAUGCUGUGCGACCUGCGGGACCUGUCGUAUUGCCUGCUCGUGUGCAAGAGGUGGCGCGCUGCUGCCGUCAAAGUACUCAUCAGGAUCGAGACCGUCCAUUACUGCGACCGCGAGGCCUUGCUAGCCGACAGACGCAAGCACAAGACCUUCUUCGACCACAAUGGCGAGCCCGAAGACACCUCCCGACAGCGCCUGAAGCUGUUAUGCAGGACCCUCCGCGAAGACCCUGCCCGCCUGGGUCCCUUGGUCGAGUACUUCAAGCUGCCGUACAUGCUGAGGGAGUCAUGUCAAGCCGACCUGGCUCGGACCAUCGCCGUGCUACCGAACCUACGAUACGUCGACCUUCCCGAGGCCCUGUACCAUGACGAUAACUCGUACAUCACAUUGCGGAUGGAGGUGGAGGCGCGAUGUCUCAAUCUUAGGAAGAUGACAUACAUGCGCGGAUCCGAGCGGAGUCUGGAGCGAGUAGCCAGCGGGCAGGUGUUUCGAAACCUCGAGGUGCUCGAGUUCCGCAGCCUUCAGGCAGACCCCACAGUCAUACUGCAUGCUCUCGCCAUACUCGACGGCCUGCGCGCUCUCAAGAUCGUGGACUCCAAGGUUAUCACCGAUGAGACCAUGGCCCACAACAGCGACAUGCUGCCCGCCUUCCCGGCGCUGGAGGAGCUCAUACUGGAGGACACGCCAGGUGUCACCGCCCGAGGGCUCCAGGCCUACCUGAGCCGGGCCGACACGUCGCAGGCUCUCAAGGUGUUGAGCCUCUCUGAGACUGGCGUAACGCCCUGGAGUCUGCAGGACGUCCUGGGCGCAGCGCCCAACCUGAAACGGCUCACCCUCUCUUAUGUGGCCAUCAAGUCUCUGCCUCUGGCUGCCGGCACGUCACAGGUGGCACCACUCGCAUCAAUGUCUCUCGAGACCUUCCACUAUGAGAUCAUGGCUGCCGCCGACUCGAGUCCUUACUCCAACAUCCUCCCAUCCUACUACAAUUACCUGUCCGGAUCCCUCCUCAUGGGCGGUCUGCCCCACCUCCGCGCCCUGUACGUCCGAGACGCUAAUUUCCCCGACACCCUGGCCGGCCUGCCGCAGCCAGCACCAAAGUUCGCAAGAGAUGCAUACAAGAGACCUGGUAGUAGCGGGUCGCAGCGCUCGACCGGACUCGCCUCCAACAUAUCCUACAACAGCCUCGGCUCACCCGCCUUCCCUCCUAGACACAACCCACGCUUCUCGUCCAAUAACCCCUUCGCGGCCUUCGCGGGACCCAAUGGGCCUAGCGGGCUCCCGCAGACCCUCGAGGUGUUCACCAAGGGCGAUGACGAGCUGAACUGGGGCAUGGUCAAGGUCGAGCCCGACAGGAAGUACGACACGAGCGCAGACGAGGGCCUGAACAACCGUCCAUCCAGUAGCUAUGGGCUGGACAACAGCGCCCUCGGGUGGAACUCGCGGGCGGGCGCCCGCAAGAGUGUGUUUAUGGGCAAUGGGGCCGGAGGCUUUUUAGCCGUGCCUGACAAUGGGAGGGGCAGGAGGGGCAGUGCCCCUGAUGCGAACGGGGCUGACGAGUGGCCCCGGCCGAGGAGCGCGGAUACGAGAGAGAAGAGGUCUUCGAGAAUGGACCUAUGGCGCUGA